CUUCCAGCUCUCGUUUAAACUCAAAAUAUCGUCGUCACUAGAAGUUUCUACUGUUUAUAGCAAAAAUAAAUCAGAAACCAUGUCAGACUACGCAGAGUCAUAUGUAUCAGACUGCGAAGUGGAUCCAGAGGAAUUGAAGAAUCAAAGUUUGUUCGACAAGCCACGUGGUGUACCGAGAUGGCUUGGGAAACCACAUAAUAGUGUAAAGGAACGCCUUCACAAUUCAGUAAAAGACAGGACUUUCAUUCAGAAAACUGUCAGCUCAUCUGAGCCAUUAUCUAGGAAUGCGAUGGAUCGAAUCGAAGCAUCUUUGACUGACAAUUUGAAUCUCGAUGUAGUAUAUUCUCUGAACAAGAAAAAUCGUUGGCAAGAUGCCAAGACAACUUUCCUUUUGGCCGGAGCUCCAGAAAACGUGAAUGCAGAAGUUGUUGAGAAAAAUGGAUUGGCGCAAUUCGGAUUCAUCUACCCAGAGAAAUCAACAUUCGCUGUUCACUCAAGAGUUCUUAACAAAGAAAACAAACAGGGAGAAUUUGAAAUCAGAAGUGCCAUAACAUCAUCAGCGAGAGGACAAGAUUAUUCAAAUUUCCUCCCGAAUACUAGAGAGUUUAGUAAAAAGGCAAAUGCAAAAGUGAUGACACUUCGAAGUGAGGAAGUCGAUGAAGAUUCCAAGAGGCAACCAACAGUAUCCUACAAUAUCUAUAAAACUCAUAGAAGCCAAGAUGUUGUUGGAAAGGAAAUGUUCAAAGCGAAAGUCGUGUCAAAGUCAAGGAGACAUCGUCAAAAUAAAAAGGUUGAUAUGGAGAAUUAUGAUGAUUUGGAUGAAGAGUUUGAAGAUGAUGAAGACGAAGUUGUGGACUCACAUCGUCCGACGGGUGUUUUCGAUCUUGCUGCCUUCAAGGUGAGAACUCAAUCAAAACAAGCCCAUCCCAAAAACCGGAAAGACAGUGAAUUAUCGUAUGAUAUGGUUGAUUAUGAUGAACUAGAGACUGGAUCGGAGUACAGUCAACAGUUCAAUGUUCAAGAAUAUUUAAAUCAGGAAGGAUACACAUUCAUUCAGGCUGAUGUUACUUUUGUUAAGUUAACUGAACCUUUUGAGGAUCAGAUUAAUCAACUUCGCCUCGAAGGUGACCUCCGUGUCAAGGAUCUUCAAAAGAACCAGUACUUGAUUGAUAUUUCAAAACGAUGUCAACCAAAUGGAACUACGCAAGACGGAGAGACUACUGCUGUGAUAGUUCUUACUCAUUUGAAGCACAAAACAUACAACAUGAUCUUCAAUUCAACAAUUGGCGCUGACCCAAUCAGAAGGAAUGGAGAGAAUUUGAGAAAAAUAGUAUCAAGCGCGCCAACUGUUUUAGAGGUUAUAACUAAAAUUUCGGGAGACGUAGCGGAAGAUAAGCAACUUAUUAGCAGGAUUAAAACAUCUGAAAAAUUCUAUGGCCGGCCUUCAACUUCUGUUGACUGGAAUGAUCUUUCUCUACAACGCGCCACAUGUCCUAAUCAGUAUGACAAUGCAACUUGGGCAAACUCUGAAGAAUUGAGUGUGGUUGGAGGAAAAUUGGAAUGGGAUGAUUUAGUUGCUAUGGUGAAGAAAGAAAAUAAUUUGGUGACUUGCUACUCAUCUGAUGACUUCUGUGGAUUUUGUAAUCGAAAAAAGAAAUCCUUUGAACUAUUCCUCAUCAAGUCAUCAAGUGAAACAAAAAUCAAGUGCACUGAAUGUCUAAGAAAUGAGUUUUAUCGAGAAUUCAUUGCAAGAAGACUUCCAAUUGAUCUUCAAACUGAAACUGCUGAUGAAAUGGAAUAUCUUCCAAUAUUCAUUCCACUUACUCUUCUGAAUCUUUAUAUUCGAACAGUUGCGGAAACUAUUUACAAGGAUCUUGGUGCAACUGGAGAUUUUGAAAAGUGCCCUUCUUGCAAGUCAACUAUAUUUUUCGAAGAACCAGGGAAUGAAAAUAAAACUCAAAAUCGUUCAUGUCCAUGUGGAUAUUCUUGGUGUCGGGAUUGCAAGGGAGUACCUCAUUGGCCAAUGAAUUGUGAAAAUUAUGCUGAAUGGGAAAAGAAGUGGCACCUGAGAUAUGCUAUGAUGAAUGCCCAAGGAACCGGCACCGUAACCCUGCUACAGUUCACUUGUCACUGUAAAACAGUAUACUAUUGUCUACUGCCAACCAAACGUGUCAACUGUCCUGGAUGUCGAGAAAGUGUGAAUUUGGAGACCAUGAAUACUAUGUACAGACAAUUUUAUUAUUCAUACCCUCCACGUUAUCGAAAAUGGGAGAAACAGUAUCAUGAAGAAAAUAAGGAUACUGACAGACACCCAUAUCAACCACUAGCAAAGGUGUGCUGGGAAAUUGACAAGAUUCCAGCAAUCAAAGCUUCUGUCAUAGAAACAUGUGGAGCUGCAAGAGAUGUUCGAUUUGAUUUGAAAUUCCGAAAUCGUGUGAUAAAGCAAGAACAGGUUCUCAUCAAGAAAAGCAUCCUGACUUCCGAAGUAUUAGAAAAUAUAUUAGGAACUAUCCCUUAUUUGGUGGAAAAUGUUACUGCAUGGAUGCAUAUGUCAAACCAUCAAGAUAAGAACUUGAAGAGCAUUCUGGAAAGUAUGAUUGCCGACCGAAAAGAUCUAGUUUACUAUUUGGAAAGCGAGAAUGAAAUCGAAAUCGAAAAAUGCGUCAAGAUACUAAGAGCCAAGAUUGACAGUGUUGUAUCGAUAGUGGAGAAAAACAUGAAAAAUUGUUGAUUUAUUGUUUUCAAUGACCACUCCUCUAUGUAAAAAUCAGUGCUUUCUCAGUAAUAAAUUAUUUCUAAUC